AGGGAUUUCUCGAUCUGGAGUAUUUUGAUUUCCUAUUCAGUGCCUCAUUUAAUUUUUUUUUUUCUUAUUGUUUUUUGCUGCAUCAACCAAUUUUGGAAUUUUGGGUUGUUUAUUUUAUUAUUUAUUUAGUUUACCUAUUUGAUAUUUACAUUCUUUGCUAUCUCAUCUACUAAUUUCCAAUGUUUACUUUAGAUUAUGCUUCUAUUUUAAAUUAAAUCUUUGGAUGGAUUUGCUUGCUAACUUUGUUUUAAUAGCUUUCUUAAUUAGUUGUAAUUAAACAACCAUUAUUGCUUCUGUUAAUUUAUAGAUCAGAGGAAAAGUUUAGGUUUUGACAUCUCUAGAUUAUUAAUUGUUAAUUGAUAGAUUCACCUUUGGCUUUAAUUAGAGAUAUAAUUAUUUCAAAAUGAAGAAGAAGAAAAAAAAAGUUUUUAAUUGUAUUGAUUAAUGGUCCUCCAUAUAUUUCUUAUUUAUUUUUAUACCCCUUUUAUUUUUGGUUUUCAGAUAAUAAUAUUGGAAAGAACAAAGUUCAGAAUGGAAGAGAAGAGUGGAAUCAAGAAAGAUAUAACUGAGUUGAUAGGUAAUACUCCAAUGGUGUAUCUAAAUAAAGUGGUUGAUGGUUGUUUUGGUCAUAUUGCUGCUAAAUUGGAGACGAUGCAGCCAUGUUCUAGUGUUAAAGACAGGACAGCGUACGGUUUGAUUCAAGAUGCAGAGGACAAGGGGCUGAUUACACCAGGAAAGACUGUGUUGAUCGAGAUUACGAGCGGUAACCUGGGGAUUGCAUUGGCAAGCAUAGCAGCAGUAAAGGGCUAUAAAUUUAUAGCAGUAAUGCCCGCUUCAUAUAGUGUUGAAAGAAGAAUUUUGCUUUUAGCUUUAGGAGCUGAGCUCCAUAUCACCCCUCCAACAAAAGAGCUUGGAGUGCUUCGAAAGAAAGUUGAGGAGAUAAUGAAAGUCAAUCCCAAUUGCUAUUUUCUUAACCAAUGUGAAAAUCCUUCCAACCCAAAGAUUCAUUACGAAACUACUGGGCCAGAGAUAUGGAAAGAUUGUGGAGGAAAAGUUGAUGGUUUGGUCAUGGGGAUUGGAACCGGAGGAACCAUAACUGGUGCAGGGAGUUUUCUCAAGGAACAGAACCCUAAUAUUAAGGUUUAUGGAGUGGAGCCAGUAGAGAGUGCAGUGCUAAGUGGAGGACAACCUGGAAAACAUCUCAUUCAAGGAAUUGGAACUGGCUUCAUCCCUCGAGUUCUUGAUGUCAAUGUCUAUGAUGAAAUUAUUCAGGUCUCAAGUGAGGAAGCAAUUGAAACUGCAAAGCUUCUUGCCCUAAAAGAAGGCCUCCUUGUGGGGAUUUCAUCGGGUGCUACUGCUGCUGCAGCAAUUAAGGUCGCUAAGAGGCCAGAGAGUAAAGGAAAACUUAUUGUGGUCAUCUUCCCAAGUUGUGGCGAGCGAUAUCUAUCUACUACACUUUUUGAUUCCAUCAGGCAUGAAGCGGAAAACAUGACUUAUCUAUGAACUCAUGAGUUCGAAUUCUUAUUUGGCUGAAAAUAACUUUUGAGAUUUUAAGAAACUAUAACGAAUAUAACUUAUACAUAUAUAUAUAUAUUGAGAAGUAUAAAAUGAGUACAACAUUGUGCUAUGAUUACUUACAAAUGAAUCGUCGAUAUUGUCAUUCGUCGUUUGUAGGAGUGAGCAAUGGUUGGUCGGAGUCAGUUUUUUGACCAAUUGACUAUGAUCUGUUCAGUAAAUGUUCAAGUCAAUUUUGACCACAAAGGAUCAAAGUCGAUCGGUUGGUUUAAACUUUCGAAACCUCUCCUUAUCUCUGAUGGACCACCUUUGAUUUGAUCAAUUUUGGUCGGUCAACUUAAUUAUUCGGUGUAUCAUGCUCACCUCCCUAGUCAUUUGGGUGAUCAAUAUAAACUUUUUUAUUUGAGUGCGUAAAUAACUUGUUUUUUUAUUCAACAA